AUGUCCGAUGAAACAAUUUCCGAAGGAUUAAUUAGCAGAGCCCAAUUAUAUGAUAGUAAUCAUUUAACUGCAGCAAACGUGUCUAAUGCUGUGGAUAAUAAUGAAGAUUACAAAAACAAAAACAAACAAUUGUCCUUUGAAUCAAAUAAUUCAAUUUAUUCUAAACGUUCGAAUGGAGAAGAGAAAUCCACUUUCAGUUCCAUAACGUCAACUUUGGGAAAUUUAUUAAUUGGUAGGCGACCAUCUCAACAACCUGUUAUCGCACGCAUUCCCGAUACGGUUGAUAAUCCCAAGGAAAGAUUCGCUUCCAAUAUUGCCAUUAGUCCGGAUGGUCAAUACGUAGCCACAUUUAAUUGCAAAAAGCUCGAAUUCAAGAUUUUUAAAUGCGAUACGAGGCAUUAUCUAGUUCGAAAUAAUGAAGUAAUCACCAAUAAAAAAUUUGUAAAUAUUCCAAAUUUAAAUCAUGAUUCCCACCGAGAUUCUAAAUCGUACGAAAUAAACCAAAGUGUAUUCAAGGAAUAUUUACAAGUGGUGAAUUUAAAAAAAAAAUUAAGUAACCUUUCCACAGAAACAACGAAUCAACAAGAUAAAAGUGAUCACAGAACAUUUCCUACUUGGUCAAUUGCGAUUUCAAAUCUCAUGGAACAUAAUGGUGAACUUGUGAUGUUUAUAACGAUUUCCGCUAUAGUUGAGAGUGAUAUGAUAAAAAGAGAACAUGGGGUUCCUUUACCAGAGUCCAAAUCGUUAUCAAAUAGUAUGGACUUUUCCGCGGUGGAGUAUGAGAACAAAACCGGAACAGAUAAUAUAAGGAUAAAUAUACCAACUGUCGUUGAGAAUGUACAGGAUUCCGCCGACGAAACCAUAACUAAAGGAAAAACUGCGGUGUUUCGUAUUACAUUUAACAAGUCAAAUCCUAAUUUAAUACAGCAACCCUGCACACUCUCAGAAUAUACCGAAGAGAAUAUUGCUGGCAUCGUUCUAUUUGUUCAAAGCGAUCAAACUAAUCAUCAUUUUCAAGAUGAUUGUAUAGAGAAUGAAGGGGACCAAUAUACCGAUAUACUUAUGAAAACAAGUUGCUUGAUUAUUAAUGCUGAGGGAAUUUUUAAGAUCCCAUAUAGUCAUAGAAGUAAUGAUAUUUUGUUUAAUUACAUUGGCUAUCAAACCACAGAAAAGUUUUCAUUUCCCAAAAGGUUCGAUAAAGAAUUGCAAACAUGGUAUAAAUCAAAGAAUUGCAUGGAAAGACUACUUUCAUGUAUUUAUAAUCAUUAUUUUCUAAUCGAACAAUACAAGGAUGGAGUUCAAACAUGUGAAUUAAUAAAUUUGAUGGCAAUGGAACAAGAACAAAUAUUUUCUAGAUAUGAAGAUUCUGGAUCUCAUAAUUUAAAAAAUCUGAAUAUCACUUCGGUUUACGCAAUUUCAAAUAAUCGUCAACUUCUCGCAUUUUCCAAAGGUUUGAAUUCUGUCAACAUCAACUAUAUUGAAAAUGGUCUUGAAGUUGGAGUAAAGAAAUUUGGAACUGACAGUAAAAUUACAUUUAUAGAAUUUAUCGAUGAUGAUGAAAGGAUACUACUAGUUAUUGAGGAAGAAAUUUAUGAGGAAGUUUCUAAAGGCGAAGGCGAAACUAAGAAAGGUAAAAAACAUUCAAAAGGAAAAGAAAAACAUGAAAAAAAUAGUGACGAGGAGAUACCAUCUUUAGAUAAAGAUCAAAAGAAUGAAAUUAAAAGCAAGAAACCCACGGAAAAAAUAACAAAAGUUACAAAAAUUAUAAUUUGGGACUUGUUUAGUUCAGCGGAAGAUGCAAUUCGUAUAGGAUCAUGUAAUGAUUUAUUUCCCGCACGAAAAGACUUUUAUUCACAUUUAGCCAAAGUACCUGGGCAACUUUUAAGAAUGAAUAAUGACGGAACUGUAUAUUCAAUCCUGCACCAUGAAGAUUUCUUAAAUCAUAUAACAGGAGUAGAGAAGGAUUUAACACAAUCUUUUGGUUGUACGUUAUUUAAAUCUCGAGAGGUAACUUGGAACCAAGCCGAAAAAAUGCCGAUGCAAUAUUCUAAGCAAGAAAAGCACUCAAAAUUACAUCAAAUCUUUCGACGUCAAAUUCCAGUUAAGUCUUAUCACAAGCCGAUUAUUGAAAAUACAGAACCUUGGGUGGAUUCUGAUAAUUAUUAUAGACGGUCAAUAUAUUUGGAUGAUCAAGAGACAUUACAACUUAUUAUAGGACAUAGUACAGUUCAAAUUUGGCGCAAAACAUCAAAGAUGGAUAAAAAAGAUAAAAAAGUAAAAUCUGCAUCUACAUUAAGAUCAGAAACGAUCCUUGAAUAUAUUUGGACAAAUGGCAUUUCAUUGGAGUAUGAUUGUGACGAAUCAGCAUUACGUAUUCAAGAAUUAUGGAUAGGAGAUUGCGCGUUUUCACUUACCCUCAUAUGGAAUGUUGGGAAAGAGCUAGAAAUGAGACAUAUUCGCUGGCCAUAUCCAGACGGCCAAGUAUCUGCUGUGAGGCAUGCUUGUGAAGCACUCGAACAUUUACAUAUUCGAAAGGGAAAGUUAAUUGAUAUAAAGAAGCAGUAUCAAUAUGAGGAACUAGUUGAAGGUACAAAUCGCAUCAUUUGGAGGUUUAUUAAAAAGAGGCCAGAGGUCUGGAGACUAAUGGAUAUUCGAUUUAAUGUGAUGGCUAAUUUAAUUCGCGGUGGCGCUUGUUAUUUGAUUAAGUUUAUACUUUUUGGUGAUGAUAACGACUUAAUUAUAAAAGAUAAGAAGCAAUUGAAACAAAUUGAAGCAGAUAAAAAGAAAAACAAACUUUUUAAUAAAAAAUUAACAUUACAUAUACCAAGAACAAAAAAAUGGAUGAAUGAUGUUCCAAUAUUAAAAAAAAGAUCAAAAGAGUACCAUCUUGGACUUUUUCAGAUCUUAGAGGUAUUAAUUUAUCCUUUAAUAUGUCUAUUAAAUGUAUUGACUUUUGGAUUUUAUAUACCAAAAGAUGAGCCCAUUGUCAAAAAGGAAAAACAGGUAGAGAUUCCUAGUACAGACUUGGAAUGUGCAAUCGAAUAUUGCAAAGGAAAAGAAAGGAAAGAUGCAAUUAUGGUUGGAUAUCUGUUAGAAUAUUAUUCGGAGAAUGCAAUUUAUCAUUUUGGAUGGAUGAUUACAAUUUCAAAAGCCUUGCCAUUAUUGUAUAGAAAUAAUUUAGAUUAUUAUGUGAAAGCAGUACUUUAUAAAGAAUGUUUCGCUGAUAUGGAAUUAGGAACUGAAUUUGACACUUCUGAGAUAAUUCCUGAAGAACGAAGGCCUCGAAGAAAUAGCGCUCAGGAUUUUGUUGCGUUCAAGCCUGUUACCAAACUAAUAUCUGAUAAAAAUAACAAACCAGCACUUCAAAAACUUUGGGAAUUUGUCACGGUUAAAAUACCAAGAUAUUAUGCGGGAUUUGUUGAUAAUUUCGAUGUUGAUCAAGAACCUCCACCUAUAGCUUUAAGAGUUGUUCCGUUACCGAAUUUCACAGUUGAUAAUAUUCCCAAACCAGUUGUAAGUUAUAAUUGGAAAUCAAAUUUAUUAAGAUUGUUAAAAAUUCUUAUAAUUCCUCGAGGUUAUAUAAUUGGAAGAGAUGAUAAAAGAUUAUUAAUUUGUUUUGCAAUAAUUAGUGCGGCUUAUAUGUCAAACUCUGAUAUUACAGGAGGUUUACAAAUACUUUUAAUACUUGUAAUGGCAUGCUUCUACUAUUUGGCAUAUUAUCUGAUAGCUGUUGAAGUUUUACAACUAUUACAUCAUGGAUGGAGAGAUUAUUUGAGUAUAAUUAAUAUGUUUGAUAUAUUUGCAGUUAUUUGUCCCGCAAUCGUAAUGUCAAUAUUUGUGGCCAGUUCUUUUGAACUUUCUGAUAGUUUUGGUAACGUAGAAACAAGUACCGGAGUUGUAGUUGGUAUUUCUUUUACAAUGCUAUUAAUCUGGUGUGAAAUGAUAUUGUAUCUCAGAUUAUUAUCAGAGAUGGCUAUGUAUAUUUAUUACAUUAUCAUUAUAUUUAAGACUGUUUGGCCUUAUUACCUUUUCAUGAUUAUUUGUUUUGUGGGUUUUGCACAUGCACAUUUUUUAUUACUACAAAAUCCAAAUUUGAAUCAUUUGGCACCAGAUAUUGAUGGAUAUACAUUAAUUAAUGCGACAACAAAUGAAACAUUGGGUGUAAAUGUAGUAUCAGACUUUGAUCCAAGUUCAACUAAUGAUAAUCCCUAUACAAAUAUGUUGACAUCUAUUCAAGCAGCGUAUUUUUGGGUGAAUGGUGAAUGGAGUCAAAGAGGUAUUUGGGAUUUUUGGGCGGUCGAUUUUCUGGCAGUAAUAGCAAGUCUUGUAAUGGUCACUGUAUUACAAAAUAUGUUAAUUGCAUUUAUGGGUGGUGUUUAUGAAGAAGCUGCAAAGAAAGGAAGAGACGCAUUAUUAAGGUAUAGAGCGGAUCUUAUAUCGGAUUAUGAAGCGUUAGAAGAUAUUAGAUUUUGGCCAACCGAGCCGGAUCCAACUUUUAUCUUUUAUGUAGGCCAUUCAAAGAGUUUCGAUGAAUGGUCUGAAGGAAGGAAAGAUUUUAGAGGAUGUAUUUAUAAAAGAUAUGAAAACAAAGCAUCAUAUAAAAAGUAUGAUUUUAAAGAAGAUAUUUAUGAUGAAGCUUCUCUAAUGAAAUAUGAACCAGACAAAGUCACACAACAAGAUACUAAAAUUAAAAAUACCCCUUCUACAUCAUCACAAGUGGAUGAAUUAUAUAAAGAAUUUCAACAAAGUAUUAAUACUGUUAAUGAAAGGUUAGAUUUAAUGGAUAAAAAAAUCGAUACCAAAAUGGCAGAAUUAGAAAAAAAUAUUCAAAAUUUUAUUAAGGAACUUUUAGAAAAUAGAUAA